GACCAUGUCCUGUAAACUCCUACUGAACCUGGUCGAGUGUAUCAGGGCCAAGAGUGAGGCCGAAAAUGGAAAUGGGAGAGAACUGCUGAUGAGAAUGCUGGAAGUGUUUGUCCUGAAGUUCAAAACCAUUGCUAAGAUUCAGCUGCCACAAAUUCUACAGAAAUGCAAACAACAGCCACAAAGUCCAACUCAGCAGACUCCGACCUUGACCGAUGCCAAACAGAAUGUGGAGGUCAAGGUCGAGGCUCCUAAGACUCCAGUGGAGGAGAGUAAACCCCCCAUGACCGCCUCACUCCUGGCUGACACGGCAACCAAGGACACAGACAAAGCUUGGACUGAAAAGUCGCUGCAGAACCGUUUUGGUGUAACUCCUAGUCAGUACAGCGUUUAUUCGGUCAGUGAUUGUAGAAGUUUGGUCAAGACUCUGGUGUGUGGAGUCAAAACCAUCACCUGGGGCAUCGUCUCCUGUAAAGCCGUGGGCGCAGAAGCUGCCACAGUCCAGAACAAGCAGUUCUUACCUAAGGAGGCCCUGGUCUACAUCCGACUGGUCAAGUUUGCUCUGCAGGCACUGGACAUCUACACAAUCAACAUCGGGGCUAAUGGUCAAGCGGUCAUCAGGCCAGCUGUGGUUCAAACAGUAAGAACUAAAGAAGAAAAGGAAGUCCUAGAACAUUUUGCUGGAGUGAUUGUUGCAAACUCCUUCCUGGCUAAUCCCACCACCUCUGCCACAUUUGCCACCAUUCUUGUUGACUAUCUGCUGGCCAGGCUAGAGGAAAUGGGAU